UUCGUAGCGCGCGAGCGUCAUCGGAAAAAAAUAAUUCUAGCACGUCUUGCCUUGCAAAAUAUUUUGUGGGUACUGGGUACUAUCAAAUUACCCUGAGUUUUCAAAUUGUUUUGGUUCAUGUGACCCGUAAUGGAGAUUGUAGUUCAUUAGUGCUAAAUAACGUUUGAAUUUGUGCGUCUUGAUAUUGUAUUUGUUUUGCUGUGUCGCGUGCGAUUUGACAAAAUGGUAAUAGAGAAAGUGCAUGGUCUUCAUGCGACGGGGAUGAGCCUCAACGAUAGGUUCUCGAUGCUGGCGAGCGUAGCACCGGUCCGUGUUGCUGGCCAGCGGAAAAGACGUGCCUCAUUAAACUCAUUGAUCAGCCAGAAUUAUAACUAUAGCAACCGGUUGAUCGAGCAGGUCGCUCGCCGGUUAGAGCUCCAGGCCAAACGGCAAGCUAUGAGGCAGCGGCUAGGUUUCCAACAGUCAGGUCUGCGUCGGUUUGGCAGUGAGAGCAGCUUGGCGGGGCUGCGUAGGUCCAACAGUUUCGGUAACCUCAGCCAGCAGAGUGUGAAGAACAGAGUCGCUUGGAGGCAGUCUAACAAUAAUCUCAGCAGAGCAGGAUCAUUCAAUAACUUGACGAAGCUAGCGUGGAGUGGUCGCAGUCUGCGCGGGUUUCGCAAGCGAGGUGGUGGUCAGCGUAUGGUACCUGGAAGGCUCAGGACCAAUCGCCAAGCACAGCAACGAAACGGCUUGCAACAACGGCGCGGGGUGCAACGGCGUGGAGUGCAACGCCGGGGCACGCAACAGCGCCGCGGCCAGCAACGCCGGGGGGUGCAGCGCAACAACCAGCAACAGCAACAGAGCAACGGCCAGCAACAGCCGGGGCAGCGGCCGCAGGUUGCGCGUAGGGGAGGCGCUAGGGGCAGGGGAAGAGGUGGUAUGACCCGCAGCCAAUCUCAGCCCCGUCUCCUCUCCAAAGAGGAGCUGGAUGCCCAACUGGACCAGUACAUGUCCUCAACAAAGGCAGCUCUUGACAAAGAGUUAGAUAACUACAUGAAAAAUGCCAUGGACCUCGAAUGAUGUGAUCUUAGUGCCGUUAAUAGUGAUUUUUAAGUGACUGUUGAUUCUCAAAAAACUUCUGCUUUGCCGAGAGUCAUUAAAAAGCAAUUAUUAAAUAAAAAGAUUAAGCGAAAGGACUUCCAAUUUUAGUUUUUCAUUUAUUUUUUUUCAAAUUUUAUGGUUAAGACGAACCAAAACUGUAAUCAUAGUCUUGUUUGUAAUUAAGAAUAGUUUAAGUUAGUUUUAAUUCAUGAUCAAUUUUUUUUUUGGUUUUUCUAGUUUCUGCUGCAUAAUAUGUUGUGUUUCGGUUAAGCUUCUGAUCUAAGGAGCACUUCAAAUUUAAUUUUCAUGAAGGGAUAUAUGUAAUUGUAAAGUUAAAUGCUAGAUUUAGUACAAAUAAAUAAGUUAGUGGCAUCUAAAUAGCUAUUUCCUGCGCAGUUGGCUGUUCCCCUUGUAUCAGAACCCCACCAGAAGUCUAAAAGAUAUUAUUUCUAGCAUCAAAUGGAAUUCAAACUGAAUCCUCAACUUUGCUGGCUUUAAGCUUUUGAACAAAAUCUUGUAAUUAUAACCAGGAAAAAAAUAUUAAAUGCAUAUAACUACAGAAAGCUACCAAGUGGCUGAAGUAAUAUCUAUGUUGCGCUUCUAUAUUUAAUUCGUACAACGGAGAAGGCAUGUGGAAUAAAAAAGUAGUUGGUCCAUGGUUUAGAUAACCCUAAAAUACUAGACACGUAUUUUUUCUUUUCUUUCACAAAUAAAUAACGAAGAAAAGCAACACGUUUGGAUUUUGUGUUACGUCAUUUCUAGGUACAAAUUUUACGUAGAUGAGAUGUUACCAGCCCCCACUCCCAUAUCUUAGAUUUUUUUUACUUAUCACAAAGACGGACUAAUUACCGGGACUUUCAGUGUUAAAAAAACACUUUCCUUAGCAUUUAAUAUGCCUUUGUUUGCUUUGCUUAACGGAAUAGCUUUUCAAUUGUUAUAAACAUUAAUUGGUCGUGACAAAACAAACAAUUGUUGCUUCUCAAUCAAUAUUGUGAAAACCCAAAAUUGACAGGGUUUUAUCUUGACUGUUAUUAUCGAGAAAUAAUCUGAUUAGUUACCUCUUACUUAUUACAUUUUGUGUUUGUAAAUAUCUAAGAUGACUUAGUACCUACAUAAAAUUUAUACAAAAUUGAAAA